AUGAGCUUUACUGCCGUCACCGCAACAGUGGCGGUAGGCCUUUCCCUAAACGAUGGAGUAAUGUUUUCUAUCGCCACACCAGAAGAUUUGAGUGGCCACUUGGUCUCUGACCUAUGUCAUGAGUGCUUCAAGUUCAAGAUUGCCUGGACUAGCGGUCACGGCCAAGACGAUCUAGGUGGCGGGAUCCCUACUUCUCGGCUGUGGGCACCUAAUUGUUUCGACGGUAGGUUUAUGGCUGUGUUGUUCAGUGAUCUUCUGGAACAACACCCACUGAAUGAACAAAGGGUAAGAGUAAACGUGAGAAUGAGCGACGGCACCGAACGACCUGCGGCCCGUCACUCCCAUGGAAUGCAUCGACCUACCCGAGUUUGUGUGAGAGGCGGCUUCCCGGAGAAGGGUGGAAUGCGCGCCACCAUCCUCGUGUCCCCUUGUCGUGGGUCUCUGGGUCUAGGCCGAGUCCUACCAAGACACGUUAAUCAAGAAAUUGGUCGCUCGGGAACGAAAAUGAUUCAUACACUCAGAAAGGGUCUAGAUAAACAUGAUCAAUUAGGUUACAAACAGAACAGUGCGCUCAACGAUGGAGAAGUCCAGUUGCAAUCAAUUCGGACAGUGCAUCAAAAUCGAGACAUAUCCUCGUGGGCUAUCCGUUCCGUCAUCGUUCUUGUAGUUUGA